UCGGGCUCCCGGUGGAUAGCACACACACAUACACACACACACCAGUUAACCCACAACCGACUCCAGUUGAAGGUUUAAUGGUGAAUGUUUGCUUGAUGGGGUCCAAGCAGGCGACAGAGUGAUGGUCUAAGGACUCGCAGACGCUGAGGUGCUUGCGCGUGGAAUGUUGCGCUGGUCAGUGCACCUUGAAGGAGGGCCGCGGAGAGUCAACCAUGCUGCUGUGGCGGUGGGGCACAAGGUGUACUCCUUUGGAGGCUACUGCUCCGGGGAGGACUAUGAGACACUCCGUCAGAUUGAUGUGCACAUCUUCAACACAGUGUCUCUGCGAUGGAUGAAGUUGCCUCCGGUGAGGAUUGGAGGACAUGAACGUGCCCGUGAAGUGCCAUAUAUGCGUUAUGGCCACACAGCUGUGCUGCUGGAUGAUAUUAUCUACCUCUGGGGUGGGCGUAAUGACACAGAGGGGGCCUGCAAUGUGCUUUAUGCCUUUGAUGUCAACACCCAUAGAUGGUUCACACCCAAGAUUUCGGGGACACUACCAGGGGCGAGGGAUGGCCAUUCAGCUUGCGUCCUAGGGAAGGCAAUGUAUAUAUUUGGAGGAUACGAGCAGCUGGCUGACUGCUUCUCCAAUGACAUCCACAAGCUGGACACCAUCACCAUGGUGUGGUCAUUAAUUAAUGCCAGAGGCACUCCUGCACGCUGGAGGGACUUCCAUUCAGCGACCAUCAUCGGGACAAAGAUGUUUGUAUUUGGGGGCCGAGCAGACCGCUUUGGUCCCUUCCACUCUACCAACGAGAUCUACUGCAACAAGAUCAAAGUGUUUGACACAGAGACCAACUGCUGGCUUAGCACCCCUUCAACACAGCCAUCGCCAGAGGGACGCAGGAGUCACUCAGCCUUUUCCUACAAUGGAGAGCUGUACAUAUUUGGAGGAUACAAUGCCCAUAUGGACCGGCACUUCAACGAUCUCUGGAAAUUCAAUCCAGAAGCCUUUUCCUGGAUGAAGGUAGAACCGAAGGGGAAAGGGCCAUGUCCACGGAGGCGGCAAUGCUGUUGCAUGGUUGGAGAUCGAAUCAUCCUCUUCGGAGGAACCAGCCCCUGUCCAGAGCAAGGAAUGGGUGAUGAAUUUAACCUCAUGGAUCAUUCAGACCUGUAUAUCUUAGAUUUCAGCCCUAAUUUGAAGACGUUAUGCAAAAUAGCUGUUAUUCAGUACAGUCUGGAGCAGUCAGGACUCCCACAUGAUCUCAGGUGGGAACUGGCAGCUAUGACCACCAACAGCAACAUCAGCAGGCCCAUCUUCUCCUCCCAUGGCUGAUGCCUCUGAAUGUGAAGCAGAACCAGAACUCUCCGCUCUGUUUCAGGACGCCAGGCUUUUAUCUUUCUAAUCAACUGAGCUCUGACGGAUUGUUUUUUUGUAGAGUUUGGAUUUGUUCUCCACAUUCUCCAAGUGAAAACUCUCAAUACUGACCAAAAUAUCCUACAUAUGACUUGCUUGGACUCCAUGGGCUUUCUCAUGUCUAAGGAUAUUUUAACCCUUGAAACACUGAUCGCGUGAGAAAGAAAAUGUUGACAUCGGCUCACCUUUUUUCUCUUCUUUCUAGCUUCUCUAGAAAUUCAAUCAGCCUAUGAUAAUCAUAGACUCCUAAUCUUAAACACAGGAAGAGACAAGAACUUCAGCCAAAGGUCUUGAGAGCUAAAGCUCUUUGUUGGGGAUGUCAUCCUGGUGUCACACUCAACAGAUCUCCCCUGAGAGAAAAAAUGUGAACCCAGAAAUGGAGCCUGGGAUGGUUAUGAGUAUGUAUAUCUUGCAGUUCUAACUUGGUCAUAAAACCAUGUAAGACCACCAUGUCCAUUUGCGACUAAUGAAGUUAUGUAUACAGUGUUUUGAGGUUAGUAGGGUAACUUAUUUUCUUGACAUUGAAUGCAAGGAGACUGAAUAUUUGGUACCAAGUUAUUGGGGUGUAAUGUCUGUUUGACUGCUUAGCUUUUUCCCUACUUCAUUAUCACCACCUGGCUAGCACCCGACUGCUCUUAAGUGACUAAAAGGUGAUUUUGCAAGGCUGUUGAGGCAAGCUGUCUGCCUUGUAAUAUGAUGUCCAUCUACCUCCCUCGAUAGCAUGUAUCAUAGAGUCUUUGAUAAGACCUCCCAUACAUUCAUCGUCUCCUAUACCCCAGAAAAAAAAGCCUUUUCACAGGGAAGUUUGUAUUUUUGGCUGUCUGUUGUAUUCUUCCAAGAAAUGUCGUACUAUCACUGGAAGAGAGGAACUCAGCUGCCACAUCGCGCGCGCGCCCCCCCCACCUACUCAUCUGCAGUUUGUUUUUCUGUGCCAAAUGUGGAAGGGAAUCAUAAUGCAAAUAUAUACUGUGUAUGUGUGCAAGCAUGUGGUCCCCUCUAAACAUAAUCCCAGCCCACCUGCUUCAGUCUGCCUGUUGUUGUGAGGAAGAUCAUCACUAAUAUGCAUAAUGUAGUUGUUCCUCUUUUAGACAAUCCUACUGAGUCAAACAGCGCUCAGACUCUCCUCGUGACCUGCCUAUUCACAGUGAGGUGAGAAAAAAAAACCCAACAACCCAGGAAAGCGUGUGUGUGCACGUGUGUUUGUGUAGAACUACAAGCAAAACUGAACCUGAGCAGAUGAUAUAAAUGUAUAAGGGCUGUUAGAUUACACACACUCACCACACAGCUCAACAAAUAACUUGGAUUAGUUCAAACUGGGGAUGUUUAUACAGGUCGGGGGGGGAAUUUAUUUUAUUAAUACCUAUUGACACAUUUCAGAACAAAACCUAUCUAUCUCCAUCCACUUUAGUUAGAGGAUUAUGUUGGCAAUAUACUCAUUUUUUUGACAUUGUCAGCAAACCCCAUGAAAAUGCCAAAACCAACUGUGUGUCAUUCCGUCUCUCAGUACUUUCCAACUUCUUCAACCUGCCUGUGGCUGUCAGUCCCGAGCCUAUUUGUUCCUGCUGAAGAUGUACAUCUUUAAAGACGGGUCACAAAUAUUUAGUUUUUCAAAUGGCUAAAUAUUUUUUAACAACUGGUGCACUGUAGUUUUUAACAAAUGCUACUCAGUCAGAAGUAAAUAGGUGCAUUUGCCAGGGACUGUACUCAGUUGUAAAUUUGGUGCUCAAGUGAAAAUGAAUGGCAGCAACAUGUGGGAUCAACUCAAAAUAAACUGCAGUUUUUGAACAUGUCACCCAGCGUAACAGCUCACUGGUGUGUUUUUAAUUGUUUUUGGAUAAAAAUGGACGGACUUUGAGUACACAGGCACUACUUGUUAGUAAUAUCACCUCAUCAUUGGUUUUGGUAAUUUUAUGGUAUUGGUGGCAAUAACAAAAAAUACAGAAUAUUAUCCUUUCAAUUUUUCUAAAUAACAUAACAUGACAUUGAAGUUAGUGAGUGGGUAAGACUGACUAUACAGGCAGUAGAGUUAAUAUUGAUGCCGUUAUUCAACACUUUCACUGGAUUUUAGUGAUAUCUGGUUCUCAGCAGUACAAAAGCUCUAAACUCUGCAAAACUAAGAUGUGAAUAGAAACUGUGUUACCACACACUUGAGAAUUGCAUCAAUGAUUUUCAGUCCUGGUCUUUGGGGUCAGGUGUGCUGUGGUUUUAUGUUUUGACAGGUAGUUAAAUUCUUCUGUAUCAGUCACUGAUUAGCUGGUAGAAAUGACACCCAGCAGGAUCCCAAUCAGGACUGAAUAUGACAGACCUACAUCAUAAAUGUUUACAAAUCUGUGUAUUUCAUGUAAAGCAGUGCAAAACCAUCUUAAAUGCAGGUCGAAGUCACCAGAUUACUGCACUAAAGCCAAACAUGGCAUGUCAGGCCUUAUAGACAGGAGACAUGUUGAUGCUGCUUCUCACUUAAGUAGACUCAAGAGUUUGAGGCGUUUGCUCGGCCAAACCGAGUCUAAAUAUUGAUGUUUUUAUUUACAGACCGGCAGUGCCAAUGUGACUCAGUGAGACUUAUGCCCUCUGUACUGCACUUGCACUCGGGACAUAUCACACACUCGAUAUUCCUCAGUAUCCCAGUUACUUGGACUAUACAGCAGCUAAUGCAGUGAAAUCACAGGGAAGCCUAACGCGUGUUCACAGAAACUUCCCGUAAACAAAUCAAACUGUUAAUGUGACACCAAAUGACCAUCAGCGAAACUGAUGAUAUUUAUUUCUUUUUUUUCCUAAUGUGUGGUGUGGAAGUCAUUUUUAUUUUCUGGAUUGUGGUCCUUGUUGUGUGUGAAGAUUAUGGGUGAUGAUAGUUUCAGUCAAAGACUCUUCAGGAGUUUGACAUGAGUAAAUAAUUUAGUAAAUGCCAAUGUUGACACUUGGUCAAAAGAUAAAUACCUGCACAACAAACUUAAUCAGUGAUGGUCACUCACUUACCUCCAGUAAGGCGAUCCUAAUGAUAGGAGUUUGGGAUUUUGCCUAAAUAUUUUGGCAUUACAUUUUGAAAGGUUGUAAUUUAACACCCACCCCUCCCCCACCGGAAACAAUUUUCAUCUUUUAAAUUCUCAUUCUACGUUUUGAUGAGGUUUUUGCAAAUAGUUGACUGAGCUACACAGAUGAGGUGCGUCUUUGUGUCACAAAACAGCAAAAUUGUUGUCAUCAGAGAAGAAACUGCUUCUGUCAAGAAAAAUGACACAAUCAUACAUCAGUGAGAUAUAGCGCUCACUCAUGAAGGUGCUCAGUGUAAGCAGUAAUUAUUUGCCAAGCAGAAGUACAUGAGGAGUGUAUACCAUCUUUAGGGCUAAUAGUAUGUGGUUGCAUAAACAACAAAGAAUGCUUACGAAAAAAAAUGAACAAAGUAUUGAGUGUAUUUGCAUUCAUUUUACAUCUGUGUUGACCCCUUUGCUUAUUGUUACUUAUUUUUUUAAAUUUUUUUUUAUUUUUUUUUUAACAUUUUUAGAGGGGAAUCUUUCUGUCAAGGUUGGUCAGGACUUCCUGUGCA